GGUGUUCUUAAAAUUCAGUUUCACUUUCAUUUUGUUGAAUCCCUAUAGCCUCGUUGUGAAAUCUAGGAAGAAGAAACGCUCUGAACGAAAUAUACGGAGAUCAAAAUAAAAAAUAAACAACAAAUCGCUUUUUAGCCGAUUAAAUGACCACCCGUGCGCCAGCUUUUGUAAAUUCAUAGUAUUAGAGACCAGCACCAUAAGGACAAAAAAGAAACAUGUUCAUUAUCAAAAGCUAAGAGCCAUCGUAAUGCGCUUAGAUGUGUGCAUCUCCCAUAAAGAUACGUAGAUUAACGAGGGUGACCAUGCAAGAACCUGGGACAGCAUUGCUCUGUUGGGGGCAACAUUCUAGUGGUCAACUUGGACUUGGAGGGAUAGAGGAUGAACAGAUACUCAGUCCAACAUCUGUGGAGUUUUUCAAAGGGCGACAAAUAAGAGACAUAGGUUGUGGAACAAGUCAUACCCUGGUGGUGCUAAAAGGUGGCACUGUUUACAGUUUUGGGAAUAAUGAUAAUGGGCAACUAGGACAUGAUAAAUCAUGCAAGAAACCAGAACAAAUAAGCGCACUAGAAGCCCAGACAAUAGUAUCAACGGCGUGUGGUGCGGGUCAUAGUGUGGCUUUAACUGAUAAAGGAGGAGUACUCUCCUGGGGAGAUAACACGUAUGGACAAUUAGGGAGAGUCACUGCUGAUUAUGACGCACAAAAAGUACCAAAGUUGGUGAAAUUUCCAGUUCCCUACAGUAUUAUACAAGUUGUAUGUGGGUAUGACCAUUGUCUGGCUCUAACUAAAGACGGUAGAGUGUUUACAUGGGGGAGUAACUCACAUGGCCAGCUAGGACUGGGGGGUAGUAGUUCAGCUAACCAAACUUCUCCAUGCGAGCUAGUAUCUCUAAAAGGACUUCCAGUAGCCCAGAUUGCUGCAUCAGGGUAUCACAGUAUGAUCCUUUCUAGGUCCGGUGCAUUGUUUGGCUUUGGAAAAAAUAGUUUUGGUCAGCUAGGUGUAAGUGAUGACAAAGAUAAACAUUUUCCAAUGCAGUGCAAGACAUUGAGAUCUCAACGUGUAAAGUAUGUCUGCUGUGGGGAGGACCACACUGUGGCUCUCACUGAGGAAGGAGGUGUGUUUACAUUUGGAGCAGGCAGCUAUGGUCAGCUUGGACAUAACUGUAAUAAUAAUGAGUUCCUCCCCAGGAAAGUCUUUGAACUCAUGGGAUGUACUGUCAGUCAGAUAGCAUGUGGCAGGCGCCACACUCUAGCUUGUGUACCCUCCAGUGGACGAAUAUAUGCAUUUGGAUUAGGGGCAAAUGGUCAACUAGGAAACAAUAGUGUUUCUAAUAGACUCUCUCCUACUGUGAUAAAAGGCACUUUUGUAGCCCACUCUACAGACACUGAUGAGACUGGGGCUCAUGUGGUUAAGAUGUUGUUCUGUGGAGGAGACCAGAGUUUUGCUUUCACUAGCAAUCCAAAGGAGGAGAUAUCUUCCAAAGACUAUAGAAUACAUGAAGAAAGCCAACAAAUUUACAUGUUAAACAAGGAGAUAAUGCAACAAUACUGUGAUAUACCCACCAAGGGGAAACCUUCCUCGGAACAAAUAAAAGAAUUAGAGGCAAUGUUUGGUUCACAAGCAUGCCUUAAUUGCUCAUUUCUUAAAAGUAAUGGUGAACACUACAACUGUACAUCAAGGAAGCAUGGGCUGUCACUAGAUUCCAUCCGAUCAUCUUUCCUGAACCUUAGAAAUGCAGCAAACCCAUUUGUCGAAGAAAUUAUACAUAAAAAGCUGGAUGAACUUAUUCGAAGUUUGCCGAAAUCUCCACCAGAUGUUGAAACUUUACGCUUACACAUAAUACUACCUGAGUGUCAUCUAUUUGAUGAGCAGAAAUACGUCCCAACUAUAAUUGUCCCAUUCGCCUAUAAUAUACUGAACAUGGAUAAAACUCCUAACAGAGUCAUAGAUCUAUGGUGGGGUACAUUGGAGCCAACAUACUUUAACAGACUAGUCAAGAUAUACAAGCAAUGUGUAAUGUUUAUGCUGAACUGUCCACCAUCAAACAAUGACUUUGAGAUAUAUGCAAGGCAGAAAGGCUUAGAAGUUUGUAUGGAGUUCCUGAAGAAGCUGAAUACUGUGAAUGAUAACAAUGGGCAAAUUGUGCCUUAUGACAGGUUCUAUAUCCCAGAGCUUGUUGAUAAAGUGCAUAUAAGACAAGAUUACAUCAACUGGAUUCAGCAAAGGCAAAACAACCAGACUGGAACGCUGUCAUUCUGCAACUACCCUUUUGUAUUUGAUGCCUCUGCUAAAACACUCUUGCUGCAGACAGAUGCAGAGAUGCAAAUGCAGUUCGCCAUGGAUGAAGUACAUAGAAGGAACAUCAGCAGUAUGUUCAUGCCAAUGGUGGAUCCAGUCAACCCAUGCCUUGUCUUGUUCAUAAGGAGAGAAAACAUUGUGCAAGACACCAUCAAUCAACUUCAAAAACAAGGCUGUGCAGACUUUAAAAAACCUCUGA